AUGAGCCCUGUCAGUCAACAAAGGAAACUCAGAGAACUCCACAAGGCCAAAGGUAUGGUUGUAACAGCUUAUUCUCCCCUGGGAGCAAAAGGGGGUCGAUGGGGCACUAAUUUUGCAAUGGACACUGUAGUGCUAAGUGAAAUUGCAGAGGCUUGGGGAAAGACCAUUGCUCAGGUUUCUCUUACAUUAAGCCUGUGUAGUUUCUUUCUGUUACAUUAUUCAUUGAAGAGGGAUUGUGACAUCAUUGAUUGUGUUAACCAUGAGCAUAACUCUAAGAAUGUUAAAAAAGUGAUCAGAAAAUCUACAGGAAGAUUCAGAAAAUCUAUAGAGGGUGAUGGAGAAUGA